AUGCAAGAGAGGGAACUGACCAUCAAAGAUGCCCACAAAGGCACCUUUCGCUGGGUCUUUGAAGAUAACGGUAUCACCGGCUUCAAGGACUGGCUUGAAUCCGAUGAAACACUUUACUGGAUUACCGGGAAGCCAGGGUCGGGCAAGUCUACUUUAAUGAGAUAUCUACUUCAACCUGUCGGCCAAAGCCAACACGACAACAAUGAAUCAGUUAAGGGGUCCAUGAGCCCAGAAAGAGCAACUCUCCCCCAUGGUCGAUGUGAGCAACAUCUGAAGCAAUGGGCUGGGAACGACAAUAAGCUCACAGUUAUCUCCUUUCACUUUUGGGCGGUCGGAUCAAAGCUGCAAAGGUCGCAAGAGGGUCUCCUUCGGACACUACUUGUACAACUUCUCCGUGCCCAUCCAGAAGUCAUCCCCGUGGUUGCUCCGUUGCGGUGGGAAUCCUUGUGCCUGUUCAACCUUGAUCCCAAGAGUUUCAGCCAGAUUGAGCUGGGUGAUAUGUUUCAACGAGCAACUGUCUAUAUUAGUACUCGUGCCAAGCUUGCCAUGUUUAUCGAUGGCUUAGAUGAGUUUGACGGUAACUGCUAUGAUCUCAUUUCACUCGUGCAGAGCUGCGUGGAGUCUCCCAUCAAGAUAUGCGUCUCCAGCCGUCCUUGGAUAGAGUUUGAGGGGGCCUUUGGGGACUGUCCUAGACUCAAAAUGGAGGAUUUGACUCACCAGGAUAUCUCGGAUUAUGUCUUGGCGAAGUUUGAAGCCGAUGCUCAGUUUAAAGGUCUGCAGCGAAGGCAAGCCCGUGUCGCCAAGGAGCUCGUUGAAUCCAUCGUCAAGAAGUCUAGUGGCGUAUUCUUAUGGGUCACCAUCGUUGUAGCCUCCCUCCUUGCGGGCAUAGGAGCAGGCGAUCGUGUUGAAGAUCUCCAGAAGCGGCUUGGUCAACUUCCAGCAGAAAUCAAGAACCUUUACGAAAGGAUACUUGAGAAUAUUGAUCCUGGAUACCGUGAGCAUACAGCCCAGCUCCUCAAGCUGAUGGCGGCAUUCAAGACGCCGCCUUCACCGCUACUGUUUUGGUACGCAGAUGAGGUGGAUUUCAUGGACCGAGCCAUUAAAGGGGAAUCCGGCACCUUAUCACUUAAUGAGGCAUCGGAACGGGUGGAAGACAUUCGUCGUCGCCUUAACAGCCGAUGCAAAGGUUUACUCGAAGUCCACAAGAGCACGACCCCGGCCAUUCCAUUCAGUGCGCGCUUUGGGGGUACUGUUGAUUAUCUGCACAAAACCGUGUAUGAAUUUGUUUGUAGUCGCAGGACUCAACGAAGGCUCCGGAAGUAUCUCAAAAAGCCAUAUGAUGCCAACCUCAGAAUCGUGGCGGCGUAUGCUGCCUUGACUAAGAGUGCAGCCAACUGGGAUGUCAAAAAACUCAAGGUCAGAUUCAGAGACGUUGACCCUCAAAGGAGUCAUUUGACUACAAAUCUCAUUGCCUGUUUGGAUCAUGCUUCUGGUGUACAUCCCGAUUCAAGUAAGCCAGUUGUACGAUUGUUGGACCACCUCACCAGUGCCACCAAUCUCAUGCUUCCUGAUAUAUGGCAACUGGUAAAUGCCAGUAGGCCUUACAUAAACCACGAUGCCCCGAAUGACGAUUGGACGGGCUAUUUGAGUUCUAUUGACGGCUUCAGUGGCCUGGGACCUAGCGAAAGGAUGCUGUGCCUAGCAACUUCAAUGUCAGUGGUAGAGUAUGUGAGGGCAAGAGCAAGGCCAGGAGGCUACGUUGUCGCCCUGGAUACAACGAUCAGUCUGCCGCAGAACGGGUUAGCUUUUCGAGCUGGGCGAAUGCUACGUAGAUUGUUGGGUUACAACAGGGUCCCCCUUCUCUCUCUUGUUUGUUUUUCCAAUCGCAACAGCGCACCGAUACUUGAACACUUGCUCAGUAAAGGAGCAAAGCCAAACGCGAAGUUUUCGAACCAUGGCAGAAUUACUGUACUUCGAUUGACGCCUUGGGAAGAAAUACUGGCACAGGCUUUCCGAUACUGCGCUGCAUAUGAGGAAGACAACAAGCAUAAAGACAAUGUGCUGAGAUGUGUGCGUCAAAUGGUAGACGCGGGGGCGAAGAUCAAUCUCAAAACAGUCAAAACAGCAAAAACGCUUGCUUCGUUAAAUGUAGACGAGGAAGAGGCGUACGGAUGUCUUAAGCGUAUGAAGUCAGAUCCGGAUGCUCAGCUUGAGGUUGUGGUGAAGCAAUACUACUCAGAUACGGAUUCGUAUUACACACCAACGACAGUCUCCUCCUAUACGUCUACUUAA